UAGUAAUCCUUCAACCCCACGUUUGCAUCAAUCUCAACCAGUUUCAAGUCCAAGCCUUCGUUGUCGUACAUUCUAAUUCUCUUCCUACAUUAAAUCUUAGCGAUUAGAUUAAUCCAAACGUGAAAAAAAAAAAAAAUCAAAGCACAAUUAUUAUUAAUUAACAUUAACAUAAAAACACUGCCGCUUCCCUACCCUAUCCGUAGCUACUGCCGCUUCCCUGCCCUUGCCGCCGCAGUUCCGCAGUAUUAGCAAAGUAAUUUCAUUCUCUGACAAUAUAUGUGUCUAUGCCAUUCUGAUUCUCAAUUUUUUUCAUCUUCAAACCAUAGCUAUCAUCUUCUAUAUUUAGUGGAACUUCGGGGUUCUUUGUAUUGAGUAGUGCCAGUGUGUUAGUUGCAGAACCUGAAUCAUUUGAUUGAGUCGUGCGCAAUACUUCAAUUGAACUACAUGGCUCAGAAGCAUGGAAGCAGAAUCCCUGGUUCUACUGAAACCCAGUACGAGGAGUGCCAGACUGACGACGAGUCACUGUCGGCUUCUAGCUCAUCAGAAGAUGAGGAGGAGGAGGAGGAGGAGGAGGAGGAAGAGAUAGAGAAGGAAUUGGCUGAUGUAACGUUUGAGGAGUUGCAGAAAGCUCGAUCGAAUGGGGAACAUGUGUUUUUCAAGAAACUCGGAGAAAAGGAGAAGUUAAAAAGGGCUAAUAAGAAUAGGCCAAUGGAGGCUAGUAGUAAGAAGCCAGUUCCUACUUUUAGAGAUGUCAUCCAAGCUCCUAAGAAGGUUGUACGUGAUCCACGAUUCGAAUCUCUUUGUGGUACUUUUGACCCUGAUGGGUUUAGAAAGAGAUAUAAUUUUUAUUUUGAAAAUGAUCUUCCUGCUGAAAGACAGGCUCUUAAAAAGAAACUUGGAAAAUAUAAAGAUCCUGAACGCAGAAGUGAAACAGAAGAACGCCUAACAUGGGUUGAUAAACAGUUGAAAUCUGGUCCAUCAAAGAAAAUUGAGACAGAGAUUUUGGCUAAGCACAAGAAGAAAGAGAGAGAAGCAGCAAAACAGGGAAAACGUCCUUUUUAUCUCAAGAAAUCCGAAAUUCGGAACCAGGGACUUAUUGAAAAAUAUGAUCAUCUCAAGUCAUCUGGAAAACUUGAUUCAUUUAUCGAGAAAAAGAGAAAGAGGAAUGCUGCAAAGGACCGUAAGUUCAUGCCAUACGCUAGAUCUGGUGACAACGCGGAGUAAGGUCGCUAAAUACUGUUAUAUACAUUUUGUAUACCAUCUUUGGGUUUUGAUGAUGUUAUACCUUGAUGAACACCUCCAAAAUUAUGGCUUUUGUGGUAAGUGUGCUGUGUUGUUGUAUAUUCUGCAAGAUUUACCAACAACCACUUUUUUAGGCUAUUUUAGGAGACCUUUAUGUGAUCAAGGGUGGAUAACUAGGAAAUGGAGAGGUUACAAAGCAAAUCUGCUGAUUAUCAGUAUUCUGUGACAAUGAUCUUCACAAUUGUCAUAGGUCUCCUUUGUGAUUCUUAGUUCUUACAUCAUGGAUAUGCUUUAAUUUAAUCAAGGAGUAUUUUUAGAA